AUGAAUUCAAAACGGAAAUUCGUAGUUUAUAAAACUAAUGAAAUAAAACGAUCCGAAAGGCUUUCUCGAAAACAUAGUUUUCAAAAUGAAUCAAUUAUUAUCGAAGACGAUUUGGACGAUCCUAAUAAAUCGAAUACUGGGAACAAAAAAAGAUUUAAAAAGUCUCAUUCUAAUGAAACCAAAUCGAAAAAACAUACGACUCCCAGUUAUAGUGCUAAAAAAUUAAAUGAUCGCAUUUCAGUUCCUGAAAUAACUGUAAAGAACAGUACGAAUAACAGUGAUUUUGAUAACGCAUUAAAUACUAAAUUGCCUUUAAGCGCUAUUGUAGAAACCGAAGCUUUAAAUGUGUUUACAAAGAAUCGGUCAAAAACUCUUAAAAAUAAAUUAUCUCAGAAAUCGAUUAGUUCCAUUACAAAAUCGUCUGUGACACAGUUGAAUGUAAAAAAAGACGAUGAUGCGGUACCUAAUGAACUUAAUGAAGAAAACGACGAUAGCUUUGUGUUUACUCGGAAGCGUGGCCGUCCCUCACUGAAAAAAAUAAAAUUACAAAAACUUGACGAUAUAGUCAAUACUUGUCAUAGCAAAGUGAACCAUAAAAAAACUGAGAAUCUGUCGGUGAUUGUUAAAAAACUGCACAAUGUAAAUAAAUCAACGUUUACGAAAAUUCUUGAUGAUAAUACAGCGAAAGUUAUUAGCGUUAAUGCCAAUAGCAAACCGCAACAAAUUUCUAACAAUUUGACUGGAAAUAAGUCAUCUGGUAAUGGCGAAAUUGAAUCUGAAAAGUCGUGUAAUGUGGAAGGUAAUAUAAACAAACCUGAAGUUUUUGUAAAAUUAGACGAACGUAUUGUGUCCACAGAAACCGCCCCUGUAAGCGCUGAGUUACUGUCUGAUGCAAAUGACGAACAGCUAACCAACGAUUUAGGAACACUCGAACGUGAUAUUGAUCUUCUUUCAAAACGUUUCGCGAUUCCAUCCAAAGACAUUAAACAUAUGGUUAUAGAAGAGUCUAUUUCUGUACUCCGUGAAAAAUAUUCUGAAUCAAUCACUCCGUCUAUGAUAACAAUAUCACCAAUUUUGACGUAUGAUUUUGAAGAUAAUUUGGUACACGAUGAUAAGUCUUAUAAAAUAGAACCUAUUAGAGAGAGUACAGCCCACCUAAAAACCAACUUGAAAGAUUUAAUGGACGAGCUUACAAAAACGAUGACUUCGUGGAGCUUGAGCAUUGUCAAUGACCCACCGAGAUACGUAAUCGCUCAAAUGUCAAUUGAUAUGUAUGGUAUGCCUAAUGCAAGUAAGUCUAUUGUGUUGGAUAGAUACUUUAGAGCCUCGGUUUACAUUAAUCAGUCAUUACAAUAUAAAUACUGCAAACGUUAUGAAACAGCGGCUGAGAUUGUAAAACUUAUAAAAGUGUUAAACAGUGAAAAGUUAUAG